CAUCACGGUUCUCUAAGUGUGUACCGUAUAUUCAAAUUUCAGCAAAUUGUAAUUUAAAAAUGAUUAGUUUCAUUAUGCCAUUAAACAUAUUUUUGAUUUUCAGACAGGGUCUCUUGAAGGACAACACUACCGAAAAACAGGUGUUCUUACUUCCCUCAGUGAACAGAAUUUGAUUGAUUGCUCAGAAAGAUAUGGAAAUCAAGGUUGUAAUGGAGGAUGGAUGGACUUGGCUUUCCAGUAUAUUAAAGACAAUGGAGGAAUUGAUACUGAAGCAUCAUACCCAUAUGAAGCACAGGCA